UCUUUCUUUGUCUGUUUUGUGACAUCUGAAGAGUUUGAGAGGAAGAAGAAGAGCGAGACAUGGCAUGGAGAGGAAGCAUAUCGAAGUCUAUGAAAGAGCUUAGGAUUCUUCUUUGUCAAUCGUCUCCAGCUAGUGCUCCCACCAGAACGUUUGUUGAGAAGAAUUACAAAGAUUUGAAGUCUCUAAACCCUAAAUUCCCAAUCUUGAUCCGUGAAUGUAGUGGGAUCCAGCCUCAGAUGUGGGCAAGAUUUGAUAUGGGUGUUGAGAGGUGUGUAAACUUGGAUGGGCUGAGCGAGCCACAGAUUCUAAAGGCCCUUGAAAACCUUGUGAAAUCCGGAGCUACAGGAGCAUAAGGUUGUUUGUCUGUUUAUCUAAAUGAUGCCGAAUAAGAUUUUACCGGAAACUCGUUUGACAUUUCCUGUCAUUCUUUUUACUUUGUAACUCCGUGGUGUCAUAUCGCCUUGCGUUUGAGUUGGUUAUUUUUGUAAUCCCUGAACUUGGAAUGAUUCGUACCAGUCCAUAAAAUGGAAACCAUAUGAAAGAGAAAAUAAACAAUAACAAGUGUAGAGAAA